GUGCAAAAAAAUACAUUUUUUUUUAAAGGGAACGCACUCACACGCGCACAUGUCACUCUGAGCUUUUGUCACCUUCCUUCUACCUUCCGUUUCAGGCGACUUUCACUUCAACCAACUACACAACACAACACAGUCUUCAAUUCUCUCUGAGUCCUUCUUCUUAGCUCGGCCAACAUGAGUUCAAUCGUUCAGGGUUUCACGAAGUCCUUGGCCAUGACUAUUCUAUCGGAGAUCGGCGACAAAACAUUUUUUGCUGCUGCGAUAUUGGCUAUGAGUCACCCACGACGUCUAGUCUUAUCAGGUUGCUUAUCAUCUUUGAUUGUGAUGACCAUUCUGUCUGCUCUUGUUGGCUGGGCUGCUCCUAAUCUGAUUUCCCGUACUUGGACUCAUCACAUUACUACAUUGUUAUUCUUGGGGUUUGGGCUUUGGUCCUUUAAAGAUGCAUUAUUUGAACAAGGGGAUGCUGAAGAAUUGGCUGAAGUUGAAGCUAAAUUGGAUAAAGAUUGGAAGGCUAACAAUGGAGCUGCAAAAAAUAGCAAAAAGGUUGAUGAUGUCGCUAAAAAGCAGCAGCGGUCAUUUUUAUCUCAGUUUUUCUCUCCUAUCUUUCUACAGGCAUUUUCUAUCACUUUUUUUGGUGAAUGGGGUGACAAGAGCCAGCUGGCUACCAUAGGUUUGGCUGCAGAUGAGAAUCCAUUUGGUGUUGUUCUCGGGGGGAUUCUGGGACAAGUGCUGUGCACCUCUGCUGCUGUUGUUGGAGGGAAGAGUUUAGCUUCUCGGAUAUCUGAAAAAAUUGUUGCACUCUCCGGCGGAAUUCUUUUUAUUGUUUUUGGAAUUCAAUCAUACCUUUCUCCUGUGGAAUCAUGAAGGGCUGUGCUAUUGAGGGGAUGAAAAAGCUUUUCCGUCACUGGAGCAAUUGGUCAAAGUGAAACUGGUAGGUCUCAAUUUGAGUGAACUUGAUAUGUACAAUAAUCUUUCCUUUCAAAGUUCAUAUAAAAAUGGGUAGAACCCUCGCUCCCCAAGUGCUGUAACUUGAUAUCGCAUGUUUUUUUUUGUCUCUCACAACUAAUCUUUAGUUUAGCAUUGUUCCCUCCUAAAGCGUCAUGUACCAUUGUACUAGUCAUACUUGAGCCUGAUAAUUCAACUAUAGCAAGUUUAAAAUUCCAGUU